AGAAGACAGAAGCUAGAACAGAAAGCAUCAUCCAUCUUCUGGGAAACGCAGCCAUCUCUGGUCUUAACAAGAAAAAAUAAACAUCAGCCAUCAUGGGAGCCGUUCUGGGGUUGUGCUCCAUGGCAAGCUGGGUCCCAUGCCUGUGUGGCAGCGCCCCCUGCCUGCUGAGUCGCUGCUGUCCCAGUGGAAAUAACUCCACCGUGACUCGUCUCAUCUAUGCUUUCUUCUUGUUGCUGGGAGUGGCCGUUGCCUGUAUUAUGUUGAUGCCUGGCAUGGAGGAGCAGCUGAAGAAGAUUCCAGGUUUCUGUGAAGGAGGGAUGGGUACAUCCAUUCCUGGCGUGGAGGGUCAUAUUAACUGCGACGUGCUGGUCGGCUACAAGGCUGUGUACCGUGUUUGCUUUGGCAUGGCCAUGUUCUUCCUGCUCUUCUCUCUGCUCAUGAUCAAAGUCAAGAGCAGCCAGGACCCUCGUGCUGCACUGCACAAUGGGUUUUGGUUCUUCAAAUUUGCUGCAGCUGUUGCCAUCACUAUUGGAUCAUUUUUCAUCUCAGAGGGUCCCUUCACUACUGUGUGGUUCUACAUCGGCAUGGCUGGUGCCUUCUGCUUCAUUCUCAUCCAGCUGGUUUUACUGAUUGACUUUGCCCAUUCCUGGAACGAGUCCUGGGUGGAGAAGAUGGAGGAGGGCAACUCUCGCUGUUGGUAUGCAGCUCUGCUGUCCGUCACCGCAAUCAACUACCUGCUGUCACUGGUGUCACUGGUUCUGUUCUACGUCUACUACACCCACUCUGAUGGUUGCACUGAGAACAAGGUCUUCAUCAGCAUCAACAUGCUGCUCUGCGUCGGUGCUUCUGUCAUGUCCAUCCUGCCUCAGAUCCAGGAGUCUCAGCCCAGGUCUGGUCUGCUGCAGUCCUCCCUGGUCACUUUGUACACCAUGUACCUGACCUGGUCUGCCAUGACCAACGAGCCUGAUAGGAAAUGCAACCCAAGCCUUCUGGGGAUUAUCGGGCUGAACAGCACCAGCGCUGCAGGUCAGGACCAUGUGGUUCAGUGGUGGGAUGCCCAGGGGAUUGUGGGGUUGAUCCUGUUCCUCAUGUGUGUCCUUUACUCAAGUAUUCGUAACUCAUCCAACGCCCAGGUGAACAAGCUGACUCUGACCAGUGACGAGUCCGCUCUGAUCGAGGACGGGCCGCAGAGCGAUAGCUUUGAGGAGGAAGGCCGUCUGAACAGAGCUGUAGACAAUGAGAAGGAAGGCGUCACCUACUCCUACUCUUUCUUUCACUUCAUGCUGUUCUUGGCUUCACUUUACAUCAUGAUGACACUCACCAACUGGUACAGCCCUGACUCCAACUACGAGGCCAUGACCAGCAAGUGGCCGUCCGUGUGGGUGAAGAUCUCCUCCAGCUGGAUCUGCAUCGCCCUCUACGUGUGGACGCUGGCGGCUCCGCUGGUACUGAUCAACAGAGACUUUGACUGAAAACACACACACACACACACACGCCCACACACACACACACACCUGUCCUGCCGUUCGUGCUCUGCAUCACCCGUGUUUUUGUUUCAGCAAAAUCAGUGAAAGUAGCUAACCCCCGGGGCUGUGCUCAGACUGGCUAGAACGUUCAGGUCGGGUUUAGUGUGGGCGGCUGCGGCUCCAUCCUGGCAGGGAGGCCGAUUCAUGAAGAGUCUCUGAAACGUCUCCCAGCUCUGACUGCAGCCCAAUCUAACCCUAUAGUGUCGUUGUGAAUGCUCUGCAGCCUGUCGUCGUAGUCCCCAUGCUGUUGCCAUUGUAAAUAUAUCCUAUGUAUUCCAGUGAUUGACUUUUCUUUCACUUAAAAACAGAGCUGCAUGCUUUUUCCAUUGAAACUUGAUGUGACAUUAACAGUAGCCGUACGUGAAGCUUUUUAUGAGGAGGAUUGUUUGGAUCUGUGGGCAGCAACGGUUGAACUUGUUCUGUCUGUAGUAUUACAUAAAAAAAUGUGCUUACGUGUAAAAUAACUGAAUUAUGAAUGAGCAGGACUCCAGCUGUGGCACAGAGAGAUCACUAUCCAGUUUAAUAACUAGUACCAUCACAGACAAGCAACAAGUGCUGUGUAUUGUGUGUGUUUGUGUGUGUGUGGUAUUCUAGUUAUCUAGUGUUUAUCUAGUGUUAAGCUAAGCUCUUACAAGCCUGUGCACUCGUCAGCUCAUACACAACAAAGACAUUCCUGUUUUUGUUGCUUCUGAUUUGCUUUGAAUUUUAAAUUUUAAAUGUAAAAAAAGAAGUGGAUUGUUUUAACUUUUAGGUAAGUUAUUUGUUUAGCAUAAGCAUGUAGUUUCUCACAGACUUCUCAAGUGUGUUUUUGGCUAUAUAUUCCAGCUUUUAUCCUGAUAUGAUUUUUUUUCUUUGACAUGUAAAAGUAUGUCGUAACUCAUUUCAUAAAAUUUAGAGAA